UUAUCUGAUAUCUGCGACACACGGAGACUUCCUGUUAAACAGAAAGUAACCUUUGUGCGUGGGCGUGUUUGGAGCUGCAGGUGUGUCCAGCUGUGGGUUCGUUGGGUCAGCAGAGGAUUUAACGGGACUUUGUGUCGGUUUGUUUUUAAAGGAGGAUGAAGACGCUGGUGGUGUUCCUGCUCCUCAUGAACGUUUCCCAGCAUGCCUCGGCUCUGGAGGUGUAUGAGGGGGUGGAGUCUGUCCUGCUGACCUGUCAGGACUCUUCUGUACCUGCACGUCCCACUCUGGUGUGGAGCCGCCACGACUUCAGUCCUCCAAUCGUCCACCAGCGUAAUGAUGCAGGAGAUGAACUGAGAAACCAAAACCAGCGUUACAGGAAAAGAACGUCCAUGAAGACGGACUCUCUGAGGACUGGAGACUUCAGCCUCACUCUGAGGAACCCCAUCACCUCUGACAGCGGCACCUACACCUGCACCAUCACUGCAUUUGGAAAUGAACGGACACUGACAGAAGUAGAGCUGCAGGUCAAAGGUCAGCAACACACCCAACACACCAAGAAAGACUGUUGA